AUUUCUAGUCUUGCAGAAAAUUGCUAACAGCAAAUAUCGUUUUAAUGAAUAUUAAUCAAGAAAAACAACAACAACCACAACAUCAACAGCAGCAUCAGCAACAUCAACAAAAACAUUACCAACAGCAUCAAUCCCACCAUCACCAGCAGCAACAUCACGAACCACAGUACACCUCAUUGAACGGAUUCCAACAGCGACAUUCAGCGGCCACAACACAACAUUCAUCAUCGUUGCCGACCCUUAACCAGACGCCCGACUUCGAAUUGGAAUAUCUUAAAAAAGCGCAUGCGCAUGCACAGGCAACAUUGGCCUACAGCUACGAACGUCAGUUGCAGCAACAUCAACAGCAUCUGCAACUAGAAGCCCAACAACGACAACAAUUAGCUUCUCAACGCACGAAUUUCGAACACGAAUAUAUUGACAAGUGCAGCACCCCCGCCCCCAACCCCACCUUCAAUAUUCACCAUCAAUUUGUUGCUGCUACCGCUGCCAGUCCUCAUCAUUCAUCACCCACAUCGGUUAGCUCCUCCAUGGUUAUGUCACCAAGUCGGCGACCUUCGCCACCCAGAGCUGCUGCACAUCCCAUGAAUAUGCAUUUAAGCGCCAUGGCUCAUGCACAAAUGCAAUUUCAAUUACAACAAAAAUUAACUGCAGCAGCUGCAGCGGCCGGCAAUGGUGGUCACACAGCACAUGGCGGUGUAGGUCUUGCUCCACCUCCGGGUCAUAUGGGUAGCUACUUUCGAAAUCCAGCCUCGCCGGCAGGUAGUGGGGGUACGACAGCGACAAGUACCACAACCAGUACCACACAAAGUUCCAGUGCUUCCAAUAGUAGUAAUUCUUCAUCCACAGCUCCCUGCAGUACGGGCGCCGGCACAAACACUCCCACAUCAACAAUGGCCUCGGCCCAUAAUCCAUUGAACCACUUGCAAAGCAUGCAGCCGUUUGAUUUUCGGAAAAUCAAUUCAGCUGCGUUGGGAGCAUUUCCUGGUCUUCCACCACCGGCUCGCUUAAGUCCCAGUGAACUGGCCCAUCAUCAACAUUUACAGCAGCAAGCUGCUCAACAGGCUGCAAUGUUGGCCCAAGCAAGGCGUCGCAUUAAUGAGGCGACCACACCUGCGGAGAAAAAUGCCGCAGUGGCAGCAGCCGCCGCUGCUGCUGCUCAGAGUAAUCAAUUUUUCAAUGCUAUGGCAAUGUCGGGUCAUCCACUACCCUUCCAUCUUCCACCACCACCUCCGCUGCCUCAAUUGCAUCCACCUUCACCAGGCUCCUCUGGUAGUGCAGGGCCUAAUGCGGGUUUGCCUCCAGGAUUAACUAGUAAUCAAGUUGCUGCUAUAGCAGCGGCUGCCGCAGCCUCUGGUAACCCUAUGCCUCAUGGCUUUUUAAGUUCGCAUUUUCCCGGUCUUAAUCCUGCCCUGACAAUGGGAAAACCACCACAUCUUUCCAAGACUCCUGAACUGGAUAAACAGAAAAUGUCCGACAUGAAUCAUUUGCGUGAUUCUUCGGGCUCAAGACGGACACCACCGGCUCGCAGUAUGUCACAAUCUUCACAUUCUAGUGUGGCUGUGACGCAACAGUCAUCAUCGGCUGCAUCAUCAUCGUCGUCAACCUCACUGGGACAUCAACAGUCUCCAAGUCAAUACCAAAGUCAACGAGAUCUUAGAGAUCCGAAUCAUAGUCAUCGCAACUCCCUACAACAUGAAGCGCCUGCAGUCCCUAACCACAGCCAGAGACUUUCACGUAUAUCGUCAUCAACGUCCGCAUUACGUCCCGGUCGUAAGGCACAUUCACCGGGCAAACGGCAAUGGGGCUCACUGCCAGCCAAUUUGGGUACGCAAUUUAUCAAUCCCGUAACGGGAAAGAAACGUGUCCAGUGCAAUGUCUGCCUCAAGACAUUCUGUGAUAAGGGAGCACUGAAAAUCCAUUUCUCAGCAGUGCAUUUAAGGGAAAUGCACAAAUGCACCGUGGACGGUUGUAAUAUGAUGUUCAGUUCCCGCAGAUCGCGUAAUCGUCACAGUGCUAAUCCCAAUCCCAAGUUGCAUUCGCCACACUUAAGACGUAAAAUAUCUCCACACGACGGACGUAGUGCUCAACCGCACCCGUUGCUGUUACAGCCACCGAAUGGAUUGAUGGCGGGCCUUAAUCCCUUUGGAAGCUUCCCCAUGCUGACACCACCUCCUGAUAUGCGUCAUCACCCUAUGGGUGCUUUAGGCGAUCAUAAAUAUAACCCUGAACUUAUGCAAAGGUCGUAUAUGGAUGCAUCGCUUAUGGGCCGCUAUGAGGGCAGACAAAUGCCCAUCUCUGAGGUCAUGGGAGAUGAUGAUGACGACGACGAUGGCAUGGAUGGUGGUAUUCAUAUUGGCGAUAUUGACGAUGAUGAUGACGACGAUGAUGGAGAGGGCAUUGUCGUUGUCGGCGACGAAGGUGACAGUAUGCUGGAUAAGACAAAUUCCGAAGACUUUAGCAUAGAAGACACAGGAGCCGAUGAGAGCUCUUCAACAAUGGGUGGUGGUGAUAAUAGCCGAGAUCAUUUCGAUCGCUCACUAUAUUCCAAAACUCCCACAGAGUAUUUCAAAACCAAAGAUAAACAACAGGAUCUGAACAAAAAAGAUGACGGCGACGCUGAGGAUGGUCGUAGCACAGUGGAACGACAUAGUACCGAGAGUAAUGACGAUACACUAAGUGUUACGGAUUCGUGUAGUGUAAGAGAGGACUAUGAGGGUUCAUCGACGGCACAUUCGGCCCAACACAAUGCUUCAAAUGGGACAUCGAAUGCCACCAACUCCGCUAGUAAACGUAAGCGUAAGAAUCAAAAUCCCGUGCGAUGUGCAGUACAAUCAACUGAAAAUUCCUGUGAUAAUUCCAAUGAUUAUGAUGUGGCGAAUGAUUUAACGAUCAAAUCGGAGACGAGAGAUGGCGAAGAGCAGCGAUCACAAAUCAAAGAAGAACCACGGGAGGAUGAGGAUGACCCCAUGUCGUUGGAUUUGACAAAACGAAGUCGUAAAACGGAGGAUCCAACGGCGGAAAGCACAAAAGUAUUACCCUCACCACCGUUGACGCCCUCAACAUCAGUCAGUGAAACAAAUAGGCAUAGCGCUUUGUUAGGCAAUCUUCCUGUUAAACUAGAACCUCGGGAAGACGGUGAUAUGGAAUCGUUAGCGAAAUCAAAGGGAGAAUUGCACGAAGAAGAGACUGUAAAAGAAUCUUUAGAUUUAUCAAACAAUGAAAGUCGAGAAGAACAUCCCAAAGAAAAUGGAAGUUAUUCGGGUCUAUUAAUGCCUGUUAUUAAAGAGGAGCCAAGAGAUGAGAUGGCCAGUGAAAAUCAGAUUGCAGACGAACCCGAAGAAGAGAAUCGUUAUUUGAGAAUUAAAAAAGAACUUAUGGAAGAUAAUUUCAAACUGAACAUAUCGGCGGAAGAUAAUAAUAAUCUGCCUGAAAAUUUAACCACCACCAGCACUCCCACCAGCAAGUCCCUCGCCAGUGAAGGUAAACAAUUACCAGCGGAUGAACAAAAUGGCGGAGAAUUUAUAAGCGAGGAUGCCGAAGUACCCAUUGACAAAGAUAACCCAUUGAAAUGUACAGCCUGUGGCGAGAUUUUCCAAAACCACUUUCACCUCAAAACCCAUUAUCAAAACGAACAUUUGAAGUUGCAUCACAAGUGCAACAUUGAUGGCUGCAAUGCAGCCUUCCCGUCGAAAAGAAGUCGUGAUCGGCAUAGUUCUAAUUUAAAUUUACAUCGUAAAUUAUUAUCAACCAGUGAUAAUCAUAACUUGGAUCCUCUACCCGAAUCAAUGAUGCUCAAUAAUAGCAAGCAUUUUAAUGCUCCUCCACCCGGGAAUAAUAUUUCCACCUCAUUGCAGGCGGAAUUUUUGGCACGCCUAUAUGCGGGAGCCCAUGGUUUGCCGCCUCUGAAUUUUGAAGCUCUCAAACAACAUUUCCCCCCGGCUCAGCAAACGGCAAUGCCUACAUUUCCCGAUGCCACAGCGGCCUUUAUGAGUGAUCCACGAUUUCUAAUGCAACACAGUGGUAAUCCAUUACUCUUCUCAGGUCUUCCUGGACUACCCGGUUUCCCCCACCUAUCACCUCACCUACUAGCAGCCAGCUCGUUUAAUGGACUGAAUCCAUUUAUGGGACGUCGGCCCUCAUCCGAAUCACAUUCACCACAAUCGAUAACACCACCAGUGGCAACAACAGUUCGUUCACCCCUACUAACAAAUCAAAAAGCUUCCAAUAUAUACGGCAACAGCAGUAAUAAUAACAACAACACUAAUGAACAGGAUUUACGAAAUAAUCCGUCACCAAUACCACAAUCCACAACAGAUGGCUCUGUAAAUCAACAUUUGUUGUAUGGAAGUGGAAGUGGUGGUAGCAGCACUAGUUCCUCUCAGCCAAUGAAUUCCCAACAACAUUUAAAUCCGCAUCAUCAGCAGCAGGCGCAACAACAACAGCAUCCGAAUUCUUCACCGUCAACCGAUCAUACAUCAUGA